AUGUAUUACAGAUCUGGAGUAUAUAAAUAUAUUUCUGGUGCGGAUUUUGGACGCUACACAGUUAAAAACAUUGGUUGGGGUGUUGAAAAUAGUAAAGUACCAUACUGGUUGGUAGCUAAUUUAUGGAAUACUGAUUGGGGUAGCGAUGGCUUUUUCAAAAUAUUGAGAGGAAGUGACGACUGUGGCAUUGAAAGUAAAAUUAGUGCUGGUUUACCAGCUCAGUUAACAGUCUUUUAA